AUGUUGGGGGCAAAUUUUUUUUAUUUUUUGCUUUCGUUUUUCAAAGAAAGUGAGUGGAGGGACGCAUUAAAAGAAAAGGAUUUGGGCAACGAGGCUUACAAGAAGAAGGAUUUUGCUAAAGCACAUGAACAUUAUGACAAGGCUAUCGAACUUGACCCGAAUAAUAUUGUGUUUUAUAAUAAUAAAGCAGCCGUCUUCUUUGAAGAAGGAAAGUAUGGAGAGUGUAUUUCAAUGUGUACAAAGGCUGCUGAAGUUGGUCGUGAGAACAGAGCUGAUUACAAACAAAUUGCAAAAGCUUAUGCCCGUAUUGGCAACAGUUAUAUGAAACAAGACGACCAAUCCCAGGCUUUGCAUUGGAUUGAAAAAUCGCUUUCUGAGCAUCGUGACCCUGAAAUUGUUAAGAAACAAAAGGAGCUUGAAAAAUUGGUUAAAGAGAAGGAACGUUUGGCGUAUAUUGACCCAAAAAUCUCUGAAGAGGAAAAAACCCGUGGAAACGAGCUUUUUAAGAAAGGCGACUAUCCUGGUGCAAUGAAGCAUUACAAUGAAGCUCUUAAGCGUAAUCCGGAUAAUCAUGUGCUUUAUUCUAAUAGAGCUGCUUGCUAUACAAAAUUGAUGGAAUUUCAAAGGGCUAUUGAUGAUUGUGAUACUUGUAUAAAACGAGAUCCGAAAUUUGUCAAAGCCUAUAUUCGCAAGGGAGCAGCUCUUUAUGCAAUGCGUGAGUAUAGUAGAGCCCAAAAAGCUUAUGAGGAUGCAAUGACAAUUGACCCAAAUAAUCAAGAGGCUAUUGACGGAUUCACGAAUUGUAUUCGUUCUAAUGAUGAAGAUCCUGAAAAGGCUAGGGAACGUGCUUUGCAAGACCCUGAAGUUCAAGAGAUUUUGCGUGAUCCAGGAAUGCGAAUGCUUUUGGAGCAAAUGAGUCAGGAUCCGAACGCCGCUCGUGAGCAUUUAAAGAACCCGGACAUUUUUUCCAAGUUAAUGAAACUGCGCCAGGCUGGAAUUAUUCAAAUGCGUUGA